AUGGCAGUUCAAGUCGACCCACCGAGUGUGCAGCUACCGGCAGGAGGAGGCAACGUCGCGCUGAAGCUCAUCAACGCUGGCCUUGAGGUACUUUUUUUUCUUUUAAAACGCUUUCGGCAUAUCAUUAAUAAAACUUUUGUUUUUCAGCAACGCUUCGCCUACAAGCUGAGAUCGAGCAACAACGAACACUACCGCGUCAAUCCGGUCUUCGGGUUUGUGGAGCCCAAUUCUGCUGCAACGAUCACCGUCGACAGGCUGGUAUGUAAAAACAGCCGCAAUUUAUGUAAACGAAAAUUAUUUUUUUCUCAUUUACAGCCCGGUCCUCCCAAGGCUGAUGAUCGCCUCGAAAUCUGCUUCACGACGGUUCCUCCUGAUGCUGCUGAUGCGAGAGCGCUGUUCCCGCCGGGCUCAUCUGGUGACUUCAAACUGGACGUGCCUGUUGCUGCGACAUGA